AUGCUUCGAUCAGCUCUUGCCCGACGAUUCAACAGCACUGUAGCCUCAAAAGCACCCGAGGUUAUUUAUACUGGCCCUAUGGCCAACGUUGCCAAAAAGUUAAAGCUGUUCUCCAUUACCUCGCUUGGUCUCGGUGUCGGCAUUUCACCCUUUGUCUACUUGAUCGAUGUCCCUGUGCCAUUCAUUGCAAAGACAGCUCUUGUCGGUGCCGCCGUUGCUACCAGUGCAGCUUCCACAGGAUUGAUCCAAUGGGUCAUGUCGCCCUAUGUGACCAAGAUUACGCAGUCGUCGCCUGAUCAAGUAACGUUGCAUACGUUGAGCUUCCUGGCCAAGGAACAUACCACCACUGUCCCUGUCAAUGCACUCGCCCCUGCUACUCGGAUAUUCACCAGCUUGAUGGUCCAAGAUCCUUCACAAGCCAAAGCUCAACUCGUCGCAUCAGGUAAACCUGCAAAGCCAAAGAUGUUAUUCUAUGUGCAUCCCGAGUUAUGCGAAGAGGAAGGUACUCCCAUCAAGAACAUUGUUGAUAAGACCGGUAUUGGCAAAGGCUUUUAA